AUGUUCAAGUACAAUACCGCUAUCCACUCGUCUACUGGUUACAGUCCAUUUAUGCUUAUGUUUGGACGUGAGCCCCCGGCCGACUUUAUUCCUACAACGUCUGCCUAUAGCUCACUGGUAUUUGAUACUGAGACGUAUGGACAGUAUGUGGCUAGGGUACGAGCUUACUUGGAUGAUGAGGUCGACCAGGCAGUCACUCAUGCAGCAGCGAGGUACAAAGCCUUCUACGAUCGUAAAGCCAAGCCUACGGCUUUCUUCUCGAACGCCAGAGUCUUUAUUACGGACGAGGCCUGUGCCCCCUUCGGCAGCCUCUACUCCUGCAGCCUCAUCAAGACCGUCUACGUUACUCCCGCGGCCGUUUAUGUCGUCACCUCCUACAGCGGAGGGACGACCCGUUCACGGGCAUUAUUCGCCCCCGUCGCCGCCGCUCGCCUCUACACCGCUCCCGUCGCCGGCCCCUGGUAA